AUGGCAGCAGACAAAAUGCAGAACAUUAAAAUUAAAUUUCAGCAUCAAGUAACAAACGAAACUAUACUUGCAAAAUUCUUGACGGUUCCAUCUGAAAUUAAAAACAUUGUUGGAGAUGGAAACUGUUUAUAUAGAUCUUUAUCGUAUUGGAUAACAGGAGACGAAGAUUAUCAUUUUGCCAUAAGACAACAUGUUUGUGAGAUUGUCAAAACAAGUUCAAAUAUCGAAAGAUAUAUAGGGGGAAAGGAAAACGUGAAGAAAUAUUUGGAACAAAAAACAAUAGAAAAUGAUGGUAGUAUAAUUGUAUAA